CACUUUCUUCUCUUUUUUUGUACGGUUCACCUCUAUCUCCGAAAUCCACUGACCAAGUUAAAAUUUCGAAAGUAUCGCUGAACGUAACCUGCUGUAUCGGUCAUUGUUAAAUAAAAUUAUAAUUCUGCCUAUUUUCUACCGGACCGCAGUCUGAAGUGGUAAGAGCAGUGAAAGCAGUAAUUUCUGAAGCAAGUGCCAUUCUCGCGAAGAAAUUCAACGAAUCAGUUUCAGUGCGGUUGCGACGGUGGUCACACUGACCGGGUCCUAGUGCGCACCCGAAGUGUUUGUGGAUUUUUUCGCGAUUUAUUUUUUCAUUUUUGGCAGUAGGAUUAGAAUUUUUGGUUAAAAAUGACUUCUAUAAUGCACCUAGUUGUCGAAAAUUAUAGUGAAUUUGCCCAAUCCAGAGAUCCCACUGUAGACUCAUGGCUGUUUAUGAAAUCACCAGUACCCGUCGUAGCAAUUCUCCUAACCUACCUAAUAUUCGUACUCAAAAUAGGACCUCAGUGGAUGGAGAAGAGGAAAGCUUACGACUUAAAAUUAGUUAUGAUAGUGUACAAUGCUUAUCAAGUGCUGUUUAGUUUAUGGUUAUGUUCGACGGCGAUAUAUGUGAAAGAACCAGUGAAGCUUUUAACCCGGAGUUGCAACAAUCCAUCGAAUAGCAAAGAAUUGCAAGAUAUUGUCUACAAUUCAUCUUGGUGGUACUUUUUCUCUAAAAUAGUGGAGCUAUUGGAUACCGUUUUCUUCGUUUUAAGAAAAAAACAGUCCCAAGUAACGUUCCUCCAUGUAUAUCACCACGCCAUUACAAUGUUCUUCUCAUGGGGAUAUUUAAAAUUCUUGCCUGGUGAGCAAGGUCUUGUUAUCGGAUUUCUAAAUUCGCUUGUACAUGUUGUAAUGUACUUUUACUACUUCAUCGCAGCACUUGGACCCAAAUAUCAGAAGUACCUCUGGUGGAAGAAGUACAUGACCUGGAUCCAAUUGACUCAAUUCUGCAUAAUGUUGGCAUACCUAGUCUUCAUCAUCGCCAUCGAUUGCAAGCUCCCCAAGGCGCUAACCUUCUUCUUCGUCGGCAACGUAGUGAUCUUCUUAUAUCUCUUCAGCGAUUUCUACAGGAAGGCGUACAACGCAAAACCUAAGAAUCCCAUCGAAGUCGGACCUGCAUCGGUCAUCCAACCAGCUACAGAAAAAGUGAAAGCACAGUAGAUUAGUAUUUGAUUAUUUAUUUUUUUGUUGUAUAUUACGAAUAUUACAGAGUGUUCUUAUUUAAAUCAAAAUAAGACGCAUGAUACAGCUUUGACCUAGUGUUGGUAUAAAACUUAAGAAUUAUGUCAAUUCUGUAUCAUUUUUCUGUAGUGUUUUAUCAUAUUCUAUGUAAAUACACACUGUAUUAUGCAUUGUACAUAGUAAGUAUGUAUGGUACAUAUAAUAAAUAUUUACUAAGAAAAUAUUGAAAACUUGUGCAGAAACUGUAUCUUUUGCUCAAAUUGCAAUAUCGGAAAACAAGAUAUAACUGAACAAAGUGAAGCAAUAGUUUUAUAUAGAAUAGCAAACGUGAGACUUGAAAUAAGUAAUUUUGAGAGUUGCGAGCUGCGCAUUGUAAUCUUUUUCUGACGGUGCACUGUAUCUGUUGGUAACUCUUAUCUUACCUUUAAGGUUCCAUGUGCUGAAUUCUUUAUAGUCUGUUUUAUCCAGAUAGUAUACGGUUGUUCGCGGCAGCUAUGCGGUAACUUCGGACAUUUUUCACAUUUGAGAUAGCCUCAAAUGAGUUUAUCAUUUGCAAGAACGAAAUAUUUGUGUUUGGCAGUGUUUACAUUACAAAUAUAAUAUAUGCAAUCAAAAGCAAUUGACAGUUUAGAAUUAUCAAAAAAGAAAAAGUAAGUAAAUAGUUGAAUGGUAAAAAACAAUUUUCAAAAGUAAAUAGUAUAAUGUCAGUCUAAAUUUUAAAGUUAAAAGACACCUGUUGCAAUCUGGCAAUUGGUGGUUUCAGUUUUCUGACUGUAUUGCCAAAUUUAUUUGCUAACCUAUCAAAGGGCCAUUGGCAAUCAAAAUUUCUAAUAAUUAACUGCAAUUAAUAUCAAAAGAUAUUAAUUGCAUAAUAUCAUCCAGAACGGGUGUCAGACAAGGAUGUAUACUAUCUCCACAAUUAUUCAACUUAUAUGGGGAGUAUAUUAUGCGAUGAGCACUUGAAGGAUAGGAAAAGGGCAUCUCAAGAAAUGGUCAUAAACUAAACAAUCUACGUUUCGCAGAUGAGACAGCCCUUUUUGCAAAUAGUCAAGCAGAGCUGAUGGAACUUAUACGACUGAUAGAAAACGAAAGUCAAAUAUUUGGUCUGCAAUUAAACAUAUCAAAGACAAAGAUCAUAAUAGUGGAUAGACUACACAACAAUCAUCCACACAUUACCACAAUUGACCGGUUCGAGGUUGUGAGCUCAUACUUAUAUCUGGGAUCAUUAAUCACAAACACAGGGUCAUUACAAGAAGGGAUUAAACGUAGAUGUGAUCUAGCAAAAGUUGCCACAGCAAAAAUGACCAAAAUAUGGAAGGACUGUCAAAUUUCAAGAGCAAUAAAGAUGAGGUUGAUCAACUGCUUAAUAUUCCCAAUACUGACCUACGGAUGUGAAUCUUGGACUCUGAGACAAUCGGAGAGAAGAAAGAUAGACGCCACUGAAAUGUUCGGUUGGAGACGAAUGUUACGAAUAAUUCAAUGUUAAGAGAGCUAAAAGUUAGCCAACGACUCUCUAGUAAAGUCCAUCUCCAACAAUUAAAAUAUUUUGGGCAUGUUAUGAGAGCAAACACAGAAAACAUGGAAAGACUCAUAAUACAAGGAAAGGUAGAAGGCCGAAGAUCACGAGGAAGAUCCCCAACAAGAUGGAUAGAUCAAAUUUCAGGAAUAUGCCAAAGACCUAUGCAUGAAUUAAAAGAAAUGACCAGAGACAGAGAUCUCUGGAGACGGACAAUACACGACAUCACGUCGACCACUACACUCCCCCUGGGGGGUCAGGAUUGAAGAGAGAGAGAGAAUAUCAAAAGAAACAAAUAAUUCAUUGGUAUUUUAUAUAAAUCAUAAAAUUGCAG